UUUCAAUGAAAGUUAUGUUUCGAUACUCAUAUGAUCUUUUUGUAAUAGGAGGAGGUUCUGGUGGUCUAGCAAGCAGUAAAGCAGCGGCAUAAUUGGGAAAGAAAGUUGCUGUGGCUGAUUUUGUUGUUCCUUCUCCUCAUGGAUAAACUUGGGGUGUUGGAGGAACAUGUGUAAAUGUUGGAUGCAUUCCUAAAAAAAUGUUUCAUAUUGCUGCUCAAUUGGGAGAUUAUAGAAAAGAUUAAGGAAAAGUUGGAUGGAGUAAAAUUGAGGAAAAUGGGUCUCAUGAUUGGAAUAAAUUAGUUCAAGUUGUAUCUAAUUUAAUUUAGAGACUUAAUAAAAUGCAUGAAAACAAUCUAAAAAUUGCAGGAGUUGAAUAUAUAAAUUCCUUAGCAAAAUUAAUAAAUCCAAAUACAAUAGAAGUAUUUAAUAAUUAGAAAUUUUAGCUUACUGAUUAAAAAGGUUAAAAGAGUAGAGUGACUGCAGAAAAGAUCAUUGUUUCAGUUGGAGCAAGACCAAAACUUUAUGAAGGAUUAGAUCCUCAAAGUUAUAUUACAUCAGAUGAUUUAUUUUGGAUGAGAAAACCUCCUGGAAAAUCUUUAAUUAUAGGAGGAUCUUAUGUUGCAUUGGAAUGUGCUGGAUUUCUUAAUGGUUUGGGAUAUAAUACAUCAGUACUUGUAAGGAGUAAACUAUUGAGGAAAUUUGAUCAAUAGUAUGCACAAUUUGUUGGACAAUUUAUGUCUGAACAAGGAGUAAAAUUUCAUUAUAGAUGCACACCUUCAAAAAUAGAAGGAAAAACUGUUACUUGGUAGGAUAAGAAUGGAAAAGAGAAUUAAGAAAAGUUUGAUACUAUUUUAAUGGCUAUUUCAAGAUAAGCUAAUACUUAACAUUUAGGAUUAGAAAAUGUUGGAAUAUAGAUUGAUUCAGAUUAGAAAAUUAUAGUUGAUAAAUAUGAUUAAACAAAUUGUCCAAAUAUAUAUGCUGUUGGAGAUUGUGUUUCUGGUAAAUUAGAAUUAACUCCAACAGCUAUUAUGGCUGGAAGAAAGUUAAUUAGAAGACUUUAUUAAGGAUCAUAAGAAAUUAUGGAUUACAAAGAUGUUGCUACAACUAUUUUUACACCCUUAGAAUAUAGUUGUAUAGGAUUGUCUGAAGAGAAAGCAAUUGAAUUAUAUGGCAGAGAUAAUCUUAAAAUUUUUGAAAAUGUGUUUAAACCAGUUACAUGGAAUAUUAGUGCUAGAAAUCCCUCUAUAUGUUAAGGAAAGUUGAUAGUUCGAAAAGAUACUGACUAAAUUAUUGGAUUUCAUUAUAUUGGACCUGAAGCUGCUGAAGUUACUUAAGGUUUUGCCGUAGCUAUUAGAAUGGGAGCGACAAAAUCAGAUUUUGAUUCAACUGUUGGAAUACAUCCAUCAGCUGCAGAAGUAUUUAUAAUGAGUAUUCUUUUAGGAAAUGGUUUAAAUGAAAAAAUUUAGAUGAUUU